CUGUUGGAGAUUAAACAAGUUCAUGGAAAAAUCGAAAAAGGAAUUGUGUCACUUGUUUUCACUGGAAAAGUUGGAGGAGCAGCUAAUGUCAGUGUAGUGUAUGAGAAAUCGCCGAACGGUAAUGUGGUGGUGUUUGCAGCUGAUGUGACACAGUUCCGACUAUCAGACAUUAUUCUGGCUGGGGCUGGAGUUGACAUUUCAAAAGUACCAUUCUUUGGCUCUCUCGCGAUCCCAGCAACUAGUUUUGCCAUCUCAUCAGACAAUUUCUCAACACUCAAUCUUCCAGACUUGGAUAUUCCUGGGAUUGCCACUGAACUGUUUCUGGAGACUAUUCCAAAAGGCCUUAAAAGUCAGUUCAGGGUAAGGAUAGGUAAAGCUGCAGGUUUAAUUGGAGAAUAUGCUGGGAAUGUACUUACAAUUAGUUCAUCAUCUUCUAUUACUUUGUCUCUACUUGACCUCAUAUCAGCUAUUCCAGAAUUGGGAGCCACCACCGACUCUCUUCCUAAAUUUCUGCAAGUUCUUAAACAUGCAAAUGUGUCAGCUGUUACCUACAAACCCAGCUCAGGAAAGCUCUUGGUCUCACUGAGCAUCAAUUCCCUGACAAUUUUGCCAGACUUACUCAACCUUGAUCAAGUCAGAGUGACUGUUGAUAUGGAUAUUACAGGCUCUCGUGCUUCAUCGGAGGAAAGCUUUGGAACAAGGGACCAACAAUGGGACCAUUCUGAUCAUGAUGUUCUUGACUACCAACAAAAUGCUGUGGUACAAGUUAUAAAACUUAAUGAACUUACUAUGGAAGGAAAAUGGAAUCUUCUCAAUAACUAUAUUGCCAUGUUUGUGAGGUAUGAUGGAAAAACAGGAAAGUUCAAUAUUCAAGGGAGUCCACCAAUCAACGCAAAGUCAUUGAGCAUUAAUAACCUCAUCAGCAAAUUUUCGACUGCGAAAAUUAACCUUCCUCAAAUUUCUUCACUGAAACUUGAAAAUAUCAGAGCUGUCUCAUCAUCUUCGGAUGUUUAUACUACUUUAAUCGUUACUGCUACAGCAGGGGCAUCAAAUAGAAUACAUAUCAUAUAUCAGAGAACAGGAAAAGGCCCUGGAAUCGCGGUAGCAGCCGAGCUACAAUUUUCCCUUGUCCAACUCGUAAAAACAGUAGCCAACAUUGACUUGAGUUCUGUCCCUUUCAUUAACUCAUUUGGAGAUAUAUCAAUGGCAUUCACUUCAUCCAACAGUCCUAUUAAAACUCAACUGCUACGGAAUUUGAUUGAGUCAGACUCUCCACUGAAGGCUUAUGUUAGAGGCAUUCCAGAAGGUGUCACAGCCUAUAUGAAUGUACUCAUUGGAGGCUGUGUGGAGGUCCAAGUAACAUACGAAAAUAAUGUAUUGAAAUUUGCAAUUCCCCAGAAAUGUAAGUUGACGCUCAGAAAUUUACUCUCUGAGAUUCCAGUGAUAAAGUCUAUUGCAAAUGUACUUCCACCACCAGUUAGUGAUCUGCUUGCAGGUGAUGUAAAAUCAAUUCUGUUUGACCCGCCAACGAAAGCUCUUUCCCUUAAAGCCCAAUUUCAAGAGUUGAACUUUUUCAAUUUGUUGGUCUUGCGAAAUCUCAAAGUCUCGCUUACUGCCACCUUGGCUAGAAAUGGUCGGGUUAAUUCAAUAUCAUUCAGUGGUGACCUUGUUUUGUGCGAUGUAACUGUCAUGACAAGCGUAUCCUAUAAUCAGAGAACACAAGAUCUGUUUUUUGAUGCUUCUCCUAAUCCAGGCCUGAGUAUUACAAGCAUUAUUGGUUGCCUCUUCAAGCAAAAUUUCAACAUUCCUUCAUUUCUCAAUGGUGCAAAGAUCACCAAUAUACUAGGCCAGAAAGUAGCAGACACUUUCACGUUUGUAAUGAGUGGAAGCAUUGGAAGCAAGUUUAAAGUAUUUCUGGUGUACAAGAGAAGUGUGGGAGAGAGUGCGCAAUUUGCAGUUGCAGCUUCUGUUGAGUCAUUCAAACUUGCUGAUCUUCUUAACGAAGCUGCAGGCAUAGAUAUUAGCAGCAUUCCGUUUCUCGGAUCCAUUAGAGUCCCACGACUUGGUCUCUCAAUUGCACCUAGUGGAGAUAUAGCUACACCUCUACUGAACAGAGUAGUACCGGCCUCUUCCCCACUAAAAAAGUAUGCCAACUACUUGCCAAGUGGCUUCACUGCUAUGAUAGACUUGUGGGUGGGAGGAAGUAGGCUUACUGGGAACUAUGUAAACAGAGUUUUGUCCUUUAGUCCAUUUGCUGGAGAACUUUCACUAGGCUCGCUGCUCAAGCAGAUACCUGGUAUUAACAUAAUUUCAACUGGAAUCACAGCAGUCUUCAAAGAUAUUUUAAACCUGAAACUCAAACGCUUUGUGUUCGACAUCCAACGGAAAGAAAUGGAAAUAACAGUAUACCUUAACAGGUUCUCUGUUUUUGGUAAGGGUUUGUCCCUACAAGAUGUCAACAUUAUGAUAAAUGCAACGUUUUCGGGGCCCACAACACUCUCAGUCAGGGCUAGUGGUGUCCUCACCCUUGGCAAGAAGAACUAUGCUAUCAGUAUCGACCGCAGUACAUCCACACAAAAUUAUGUAUUAUCAAUACACACCGAGAAAUUCCCUGUAAUUGGUCUGCUCACAGCGGCUGGAGGUGCAUUCCUUCCCGAAGACCUGCAGACUCUUUUGGGAAAGAUUUUUGAUAUAAACAUCUUGAAUGCCACUCUGAGAUAUCCAUUUGGAGCAAUGCCGAACCAUAUGCUUAUCUCAGGAAUGCCUCAGUUGUUUGGUUUAAAGACGGUUCACGUUGCGGCACUUCUGGUUGAGCAAGGAGGUCAGACCAAACUGAUUCAGAAGUACACUCUCCCAGGAUUUAGCAUCACAGAUUUGCUCAAUAAACUAUUUGGAAAGUCUAUACCAUCAAAGCUCUUGCAGAGAAAAUCCGACACCAGCUUAAUUGUCUCUCCAGUCACUCUGCAAAACAUGCCUUUAUCAGUUCCAGAGUUUAGGGACAUUGAAAUUAGUGAAGGAAUGUCGAUAUCCACUACAUUCAGCUGGCCAUCUAGCUGUGGCAGUGAUGCCUUUUGCAGGGUCAUGAAGACCCUCCUUGGAAAAGAGUCGAAACUUAGACUUGAGGGAGCAUUUAGAAAUGCUCGCUAUUAUUCUCUCACAGUAGCAGUAAGUGAUGUCAGGCUUGGAGGUGGGGUAGUGCUGACGAGAGCAGGCUUGCAGUUUGUUGGUGGAGCUGAACUGUCCAUUGGUCUUGUUGGUAGCAUCCAACUCAAAUCACCCCCAGUUACUCUAAAUGCUGCUAUCAGGCUGACACCUGGCGGUGUGAAACUUGAAGGCUCAAUGACUGGCUGUUGGAAAAGAGCUUUCGGGAUUCCUGUUUUAGCUGUAUGCAACCUUCUCAUGUCGAUAUCUAUUGCUCCAGUUGCUCCACCAAUAACAGGUCUUGAGUUUGGCGGCCGGAUUGAAAUAGGAAAUCGCAAGUGUGGCAUCAAUAAGCUCCUUACUGCUGAAGCAUAUGUGGGGAUAAAUACGCUCGAUAUACAGCAAAACUAUUUUUAUGCUGAUAUAGGCCAGCUGACAUUUCAGAGAUUUUUCGAUGCAUUUUGCAUACCAGUUACUCUUCCUAGGCCACUUGGAGACAGUGGGUUUCCAAAAGGGUUGAAGACAUCAUUCUCUCUCCUUGGCAAACAGCUCCCUCAUGCAGGAAUUACAAUACCAAUUGGACUCAGAUUCAAAGGAACUUACAGCAUACUUGGCCUUUCGGCAUCAGUAGAUAUCAAUAUCCAACCAAGUAGGCUGAAAGUAACAGUUGAAUUGCCCCCACUAAAUCUUUUGGGGGUUUUGAAGAUGUAUAAGUCAUGUACGGAAAAAUCAAAAGGCCCAUUGUUUCAUGUUGACAUCAGUGCCACUAAAAUGCCAGAGAUUGAAAUCAGUGGCUUUGUUGAGGUGUUGGGGGUGUCGGUUGAAGGAAGGCUCCUUAUAACAAACACCAAGUUUGAGGUCUUUGUUGAAGGCCGAAUUUUUGGCCUAUUUAUUGCAAGUCUUCGUAUCAGCACAGGAUACUCAAGAAUGUUACAGUGCACCGUUCGAAGUUGA